AUGCCGACGCACGAGACUCCUCAGGGAGGCUUCAGGGAUCCUUUUGGACCGGACGGGGGCGAGCAACUCUCCCCCCGACCGGGGCAACACCUGGGCAUUUCACCCGCCCCAUCAUCGUCUCUAUCACCCAAUAUGGCUUCCAUACCUGAUACAGCCAGACUCACCGUGCAUUCGGAUCCCCCGCGAACAUCGCACUCUCUGGACGGGGAGACGCUCCGUCCGCGCGCCGAUUCCAAUGUUUCCAGCGCAAAUACCGCCAUCAGGUCGCGAGCGAACUCGGAGAUUUCCCAAGUAUCGACCCAAGUAUCACCACAGAUAACAUACGACGAAAUGUCGAUAGCCGAGGCUCUAAGACCCGAUCCUCGCAACCUGCAAGAUUUCCAGGUGGAAGACAACAAGUUUGCCUUCUCACCCGGCCAACUCAACAAAAUGCAGAAUCCAAAGUCUUUGGCCGCUUUCCAGGCCCUAGGAGGCUUACCCGGGUUGGAGCGAGGUCUGCGGACGGACCUGACGUCGGGCUUGUCGAUCGAUGAGACUCGACUGGAGGGAGAGAUUAGCUUCGAGGAGGCGACCGCCCGCGAGAAGCAUACAAAGAAAGACACGUCACCGUCCGUCGAAAUCUCGCCAGCAGGGCCCGAAGAGCAGUUCCAGGACCGCAUCCGUGUCUUCAGCCAGAACCGGCUACCCGCACGCAAGUCUACGGGCUUUUUGAAAUUGCUCUGGAUGGCUUACAAUGAUAAGAUCAUCAUUCUACUAACCAUAGCUGCUGUGGUCUCCCUUUCCCUCGGCGUCUAUGAGACCGUGGAUGCGGGCCAUGGUGUCGACUGGAUCGAAGGCGUUGCCAUCUGUGUGGCGAUCGCCAUCGUUACGCUCGUGACCGCUCUCAACGACUGGCAGAAGGAGAGGCAGUUUGCCAAACUGAACAAGCGGAAUAACGACCGCGAAGUCAAAGCGGUACGCUCGGGCAAGGUGGCGAUGAUCUCCAUCUUCGAUAUCACUGUCGGUGAUGUGCUUCAUGUUGAACCCGGUGAUUCGAUCCCUGCCGAUGGGGUUCUGAUCUCGGGCCACGGAAUUAAAUGCGAUGAAUCCUCUGCUACCGGAGAAUCGGACCAGAUGAAGAAGACCGAUGGGCAUGAAGUUUGGAAACAGGUCUCCGGAGGCAAUCCUUCGAAGAAGCUCGACCCGUUCUUGAUCUCUGGCAGCAAGGUCCUCGAGGGCGUGGGCACCUACCUGGUCACCAGUGUUGGUCCCUAUUCCACUUACGGCCGCAUCUUGAUGUCGCUGCAAGAGUCGAACGACCCGACGCCUCUGCAGGUCAAGCUCGGGAGACUUGCAAAUUGGAUUGGCUGGCUUGGUUCUAGCGCCGCCAUCAUUCUAUUCUUCAUCCUGCUGUUCAAGUUUGUCGCCGACCUGCCGGAUAACCCCGGCAACUCUGCUGCCAAGGGAAAGGAAUUCGUGGACAUUCUUAUUGUGGCGGUCACCGUGAUUGUCGUUGCUAUUCCAGAGGGCCUCCCGCUGGCCGUGACCCUCGCCCUCGCCUUCGCCACGACACGCAUGGUGAAGGAGAACAAUCUCGUCCGCGUUCUGCGCGCCUGUGAGACCAUGGGCAACGCGACUGUCAUCUGCUCCGAUAAAACAGGCACAUUGACCCAAAACAAAAUGACGGUCGUGGCAGGCACGCUGGGAGGGAAGAGUUUCAGCCAGAGCCUACCAGAGCAUCGUUCUGACGAUAUGGCGACUGCGGCUGAGGUCUUCAAGCAGUGCUCGCCGAAGGUCCGUGAUCUCGUUCUCAAGAGCAUUGCCAUCAACUCAACUGCUUUUGAGGAAGAACGGGAUGGGCUGAAGGAGUUCAUUGGAAGCAAGACCGAGGUGGCUCUCCUGCAACUGGCCAAAGACUGUCUCGGUAUGGACGUCACGGCAGAGCGAGCUUCUGCCGAAGUCGUCCAGUUGAUUCCGUUUGACUCUGCUCGCAAAUGCAUGGGCGUCGUAUAUCGAGAGCCUACUGUCGGCUAUCGCCUGCUUAUCAAGGGAGCUGCCGAGAUCAUGGCUGGCGCUUGUUCCGCCAAGGUAGCUGAGGUCGAUGGUCCGAAUGACAUCGUCACCGAUACGUUCACAGCUAAGGAUAAAGGUGUUGUGCUGGACACGAUCGAAUCUUACGCAGGCCAGUCUUUGCGUACGAUCGGCUUGAUCUACCGAGACUUCCCCGGUGUCACCAACUGGCCUCCCGCAGGCAUCCAACGUGCGGAAGACGAUCCAGAUUCCGCUCUGUUUGAAGAUCUCUUCCGUGACAUGACAUGGGUCGGGGUCGUGGGAAUCCAAGACCCUCUCCGGCCCGAGGUGCCCGCUGCUAUCAAGAAGUGCAACAUGGCCGGAGUGCAGGUGAAGAUGGUCACUGGUGACAACAUAGCGACAGCCACUGCGAUUGCGUCGUCUUGCGGUAUCAAGACCGAGGAUGGCCUGGUUAUGGAGGGUCCUAAAUUCCGCCAGCUUCCUGACGAUGAGAUGGACCGGAUUAUUCCCCGUCUCCAAGUCCUAGCUCGUUCGUCUCCAGAGGACAAACAAAUCUUGGUGGCGCGUCUGAAGCACUUGGGUGAAACAGUGGCUGUCACCGGUGAUGGUACCAACGACGGCCCGGCCCUGAGGACGGCAGACGUUGGCUUCUCCAUGGGAAUCGCGGGCACCGAGGUCGCCAAAGAGGCCAGCUCAAUCAUCCUUCUCGAUGAUAACUUCAAGUCUAUCGUGACUGCCAUUUCCUGGGGCCGCGCUGUCAACGACGCCGUGGCCAAGUUCCUCCAAUUCCAGAUCACCGUUAACAUCACCGCUGUUAUCCUGACGUUCGUGUCAUCGCUCUACAGCGAUGAAAACCAGAGCGUUCUGAGCGCCGUGCAGCUGCUUUGGGUGAACCUGAUCAUGGACACCUUUGCCGCUCUGGCGCUCGCAACCGAUGCCCCUACCGAGAAGAUCCUCCACCGCAAGCCUGUGCCUAAGAGCGCUUCGCUCUUCACGGUGACCAUGUGGAAGAUGAUUCUCGGACAGGCCAUGUACCAGCUGGGGGUGACCUUCAUGCUGUACUUUGGCGGCUUUAGCAUCAUCGGACGCCAGCUGGGCGAUAAAAACCCGCAGUUGGUUCUUGACACGAUUGUUUUCAACACGUUCGUGUGGAUGCAGAUCUUCAACGAGUUCAACAACCGACGCCUCGACAACAAUUACAACAUCUUCGAGGGGAUGUUCAAGAACUACUGGUUUAUGGGAAUCAACUGCAUCAUGGUUGGCGGCCAGGUUAUGAUCAUUUACGUCGGCGGCAAGGCUUUUAACGUCACAGAGCUGAACGGGCUCCAAUGGGGCAUCUGUAUCAUCUGUGCUAUUGGGUGCGUCCCUUGGGCGGUCCUAUUGCGCACCAUUCCCGACAGACCCGUCGAGAUUGUCCUCGACUAUGCUGUCCGGGGUAUCACAUUUGUCACCAGCCCUAUUAUCAAGGGUCUCAGAUUCCUGACGGACAAGGUGGCUAUGGCUACACGACCUGUUAAGCGGGCCGCCAAGCGUGUCUUUGGCAAACGGACCCCGAAAGCUGAGUCUCACGCCGAUGAAGAAGAGGCUGGCAUGAUUGAUCUCAAACCGCAACAAUCUCCUGGGACACCGUCGAAGCCCGCGGCAGCGCCCACGGCACCGGUGGUUGUUCCCCCAAUUACUAUAACGACCUCUUAA